UCACCUCUUUCACAACCUCCCAAAAUGGAAGCCCUAACCUUAAUGUCGCCGCAUUUCCGAAGGUUUACCGCCCCAUUUCCUCUCCGAUCUUUAUUUCGUCGAAGCAUAUCGUUGAAGGCUCAGCUCUCGACGGGUUCCUCACGAAAAUCCGGCGCCAAAGAGUUCCCUAUCGCCGGAAUGGAGGAAGCUUUUAUGGGUUUUAUCACCGGAAGGAAGAAAGCAACGGAGGUAGCUCACUCGUAGGUUGUCAGGAUGAUAUGUCCAGACGUUAGUGAUAGAGGAGUAUUUUAGAAAUUAGGUUUUCUGCUUGUCAUCAGGAUGCAAAUUUGUGGUUUUGGGGUAAAGUUGGUUUUUGGAGGAUUUUCUUGCACCGGAAGUUUAAAAGUCUGGGUGUGGAAGAAUAUCAUUCAGAAAGGAGACACUGUAAUUGAUGCAACAUGCGGCAAUGGUUAUGACACGCUGGCAUUGCUCACAAUGGUAGCCGAUGAAUCAGGCAGGGGUUGUGUUUAUGGAAUGGACAUUCAGCAAGAAGCAUUGGACAACACUUCUGCUUUACUGGAAAUAUCAGUCGAGGAAAACAAGAGGAAACUAGUGAAGCUCUUGAAGCUUUGUCAUAGCAAAAUGGAAGAUAUUGUUCAAAAUGACAACUCUGUCAGACUUGUGGUAUUCAAUUUGGGCUAUCUGCCAGGAGGAGACAAAGCAAUUCUUACAACGCCAGGAACAACGCUGGCAGCAUUGCAGGCUGCUGGUAGGGUACUGGGGUCUGGAGGACUUAUCAGCGUCAUGGUCUAUGUUGGACAUCCAGGCGGAAGGGAUGAACUGGAGAGCAUCCAAGGUUUUGCAUCUGGUCUGCCUGUUGAAUCCUGGGCAAGCUUUAAAUUGGAAAUGCUUAAUCGACCAACUGGCCCUGUUCUUAUUCUUAUUUUCAAGAAGUGAAAUGACUUGCAAGAGUUCUGUUUCCAGGAAGGAAAAUGUUUGAACCUCCAGGAAGAGAACUUAUUGUAAGCUAUCGAGCACGUUGGCAAUUUUAUAUAGCAACUUUCUAUUGUCGUAUUAGUACCUCUCAUCAAGCCAUGUAAAAAUAAAUAACAAACACUAAAAUUUUUUAUAUUAUUAUUAUAUAUACGUCAUUUUUUAGCUUA